AUGUCUGCUUCAACAGGAAUUGAAUCACAUAGUAUUGAAAAUAAACUCAGGAAGAGAGCAAGCAAUGAAGAUGCUGUUAUAACGAAUAAUAUCGACAUUGGAAAACAUUCCAAUGAGACAUAUGUUAAGACCAAAAUGUAUAUGGGAAAAAGGUUUGAUCUACGAGGAAUAACAUCAAUUGCAAGCCCUGCUCUCUUCACGAUUCUCUCAUUCUACCUUCGUUUCAAAAAUAUUGACAAAAAUAAUCACGUAGUGUGGGACGAAGCUCAUUUUGGUAAAUUCGGUUCCUAUUAUAUAACACAUGAAUUCUAUCAUGAUGUCCACCCGCCAUUGGGUAAAAUGUUAGUCGCAUUGAGUGAAUAUCUCGCCGGCUUUGAUGGUCAUUUCAGCUUUGAUUCAAAUACAAAAUAUCCAUCAGAAAUGAAUUUUAAAUUCAUGAGACAAUUCAAUGCAACUUUUGGUGCGUUAUGUGUCCCCUUAACGUUCUUUACUGCCAAAAAUUUGGGGUUUAGUUGGCAAACUACUUAUUUAGUUACAUUAAUGGUCACUUUGGAACAUUCAUAUAUUACAUUGUCCAAAUUUAUAUUAUUAGAUUCAAUUCUAUUGUUUUUCACUUUGACUACAUUUGCAUGUUUAGUGAAGAUUUACACUUUGAGAAAGAAGCAAUUGACAAGAAAAUGGUCACUAUGGAUGUUAUUGACAGGGAUUUCUGUGGGGUGCGUAUGCUCUGUGAAAUGGGUUGGUCUGUUUAUUACAAUUGUCGUCGGUAUCUAUACACUAAUGGAUUUAUUUUCAUUACACCACGAUGAGAAUCUAUCAAGGGUAAAAUACUAUAAGCAUUGGUUAAUCAGAAUUAUAGAUUUAAUAAUCAUACCAUUCCUAAUUUAUAUGUUUUGCUUUAAGAUCCAUUUUGCCUUACUUUAUAAAUCAGGGACAGGAGAUGCAUCAACGAACACUUUAUUUCAAAUUAAUUUAGAAAAUACAAAGAUUGAGAUUGGUCCACGGAAUGUCGCGUUCGGUUCCGAAGUAACUAUCCGAUCUCAUGGUCUCAGUCCUAAUUUAUUACAUUCUCAUGUCCAACUUUAUCCAGACGGUUCAAAACAACGUCAAGUAACAGGUUAUGCUCAUUCAGAUGCGAAUAACAAUUGGGAAUUCCAUUUCGCAGACCAUAAUUAUUCACCAAAUGAUACUAUCAUCCGCGAUGUUAUGGACGGUAUGGAUAUUAGAUUAGUGCAUAAGAAUACACGUAAUAAUUUACAUUCUCAUAAAAUUCCAUCACACGUUUCCCGUGGUAAUUUCGAAGUUUCAGGGUAUGGCAAUGAUGAUGAUUUUGUAGAUAGUAAUGAUAUUUGGACCAUUGAAUUGGUGGAUCAAUUAGAUUCGUCUAAUCCUAACUAUCCUAAAGAAGACCCUACUAUAUUACACCCAGUAUCAACAUUUUUCAGGUUGAGACAUAAGAAAUUAGGUUGUUAUCUUGCAUCUACUGGAUUAACUUAUCCUCAAUGGGGGUUCCAACAGGCAGAAAUUGUCUGCAAAAAUUCGUGGAGCAAAAGGGACAAAGCAACUUGGUGGAAUGUAGAGGAUCAUUGGAAUAGUCGUUUAACUGUCGCUGAAGAGUAUUUGCCACCGAAAUCUAAGUUUUGGACAGAUUUUGUCCUUAUAAAUUUCGCAAUGGCCUCAUCUAAUAGUGCAUUGAUCCCAGACCAGGAUAAGUUUGACCCCCUAGCUUCAGAACCAUGGGAAUGGCCUACUUUACAUAAAGGUUUAAGAAUGUGUAGUUGGUCUCGCGAUUCUUAUAGAUAUUACCUAAUGGGAUCACCGUUCAAUACUUGGAUCUCCACCUUAUCAUUAUUUGGCUUCGUGUUACUGAUGCUAAGAAUUAUCUUCAAAUGGGGGAGACAAACAAUCAAUUUAACUGAAGAUCAAAUUUGGAAGUUAUUGAUAACUGGGGUCUUCCCAUUUUUUUCCUGGAUAAUGCAUUUCUUACCGUUUGUUAUGAUGGGAAGAGUUACGUAUGUUCACCACUACGUUCCUGCAUUAUAUUUCGCGAUCUUAGUGUUUGGGUUUGUAAUCGAACAACUCUUCGUUUCUGCUCAUCCUAUUAUCAAGUAUCCAGCAUUUAUAAUAUUGGCGACAGGCUGCAUAUGGGUAUACAUAAUAUUUGCUCCAAUUUGUCAGGGGCUACAUGGUCCAUUAACUCAAUACCUUCGUUUACAAUGGUUACCAUCGUGGGAUAUUAUAAUUUAA